AUCCGCUAUUUUUUUAACAAAGAACUGCAUAAGUCUUAAAGUAUACAUUAUAUGAAUUUUUGGGUUUGUAAACCAUUUGCCAGUGUUUCAUAUGAAUUAUAAGUAGCAUAUUGGAAGACUUACAUUAACAUUUUAAUUACUCCAUAAGUGCUUUGAUGUUAUACUGUUAGAUCAUGUGUUAAGUUUAAUAAAUAGAAGAAAUAAAUAUGGAAGAGCUGCACUCAUGUAGUUGUUGCUUGGUGCGGCCUCCGGAGAAGGGCCUCAGGACGUUAUAUAAACAUCUCGGCAAAACUGAGAUUUAUUAUGAAAUGCUGAAAGACUGUUUCGAUAUAAAUCUCGGCAUUGGAAAUGACGAGUGUGGGAUCUGUGAGGUGUGCGUGGGCCGGCUGCGGGACGCGAGUGACUUCAAGCUGCAAGUGCAGCGCAGUCAGGCCCGGCUGCAUGCUCGGCUCAAGGGUGUGCUUACUGCCAGUGACAAGUUCAAAAUCAAAUUUGAGAAAGCAUCUGCAGAUGAAAGUAUCACUAAUGACAUCAAGCUGGAGAAAUCCGAGGUAGAGAUGGCUGACGGGGAGGUUGUGUCAGUGGCAAUUUACGGCGGACCUCCAGCGCCUUCAGCGCAACCCGUUCCUGCCCCAACCGACCGAGUUUCUUCUGCAUCAGAUCCAACCCUCACCAACCUCGAUUCUGUCGAACCAGCUCCGAUUUCAACUCGCGGUAAACACGAGUGCGACAUAUGUCACAAAACAUUCAAGAACCCAAACGCGAAAACUAAACUCAUAAUUCACCGCCGCACCCACACUGGCGAGAAACCGUACUCGUGCAAUGUAUGCGACAAAAGAUUCGCACAAAAAAGCCACUUAAAUAGUCAUUACGCGUACCACAUCGGGAAGUUCAAAUUCUCUUGCGAACAAUGUGACACGAAAUUCACGCAGAGAAACCAAUGGGUGGUACAUAUGCGGAUACACACGGGUGAAAGACCGUAUUCUUGUGAAAUAUGCAACAAGACAUUCAAGCAAAAAGGACACUUAACCGUUCAUAAGAAAAAUCAUUCGAAAUAUGAUCCUAGUUGCAUAGAGCCCGGAGAGUUAGCAAUAAAAACAGAGUGUGUAGAAGAAUUAAAAAAUCAAUUAAUCACAGAACUUAAGUUUUUUCCAUGUGACAUAUGCAAAAAACAAUUCGCAGAAGAAAAGUAUUUAAAUGUUCAUUUAAAACAUCAUCCUGGUGAUUAUCCAUUCGCCUGUGAAACUUGUGAUAGAAAAUUCAAGUCGCAGUCUGCUUUAGAUAUCCAUAAGUAUGAUCACAUUGGGGGGAAACCAUUUAAGUGUGAAGAAUGCAGUAAAAGAUAUACAUCAAAAAGCGCUUUAAGACUUCACGCGAGAAUUCAUUCUGAUGACUAUAGGUUUCAGUGCGAUGUGUGUAAUAAACGAUUUCUACAUAAAGACGCUAUGAUCAUACACAUGCGUGUACACACUGGUGAAAAGCCUUAUACCUGUGCGAUAUGCCAAAGAAAGUUCCCAUAUAGAUGUGGCUUAAAGAGUCAUUUAUUAGUACAACAUAAACAAAUAAUGGACAAACAAUUCUGUUGCGAUAUUUGUGGGAAACGAUUUGCACUGCAAGGGACGUUAAGUAAACAUAUGAAUAAACACGCUGAGAAAGAAAGGGCAGAACAGGCUAUCAAGGAAGGGAGACAGGAUGAUCUCAAAACGUUUAUGUGCGAGAUAUGUAGCAAACGGUUUUCAACGAAAGGUAUCUUGAGAAACCAUAGAGAAAUACACAAUGAAGACAAACCUUUUGAAUGCGAAGUGUGCCAAAAGAAAUUUCGGAUGAAGAAGUAUUUAGAAGACCACAUGAAGGUUCACGAGAGUUUUAAACAGCACGCUUGCGAAGUAUGUGGCCAACAGUUUAGACACAAGUCUGCCUUAACGGUUCAUAUUCGGCGAAUGCAUUCGGAUAUCAGGCCACAUUGUUGUAAUGUUUGUAAAAAGGCUUUUCCGGUACUUGCUGAGUUGAAGGCGCAUUAUCGAGUACACAGUGGUGAAAGACCCUACGCCUGCGAAAUAUGCUAUAAGAAAUUUCAGCGCCAUAAUGGAGUUAAGAAACACCUAAUAAGUGUUCAUCAUGAGAAACCUUCCAAGUUUAUUAAAUUAAAAGAGUAUAAUAAUCCUUACUGAAUUUUGAGUAACAUUCUUCCAAAAAACUUAAUAUUUUUUUUUGUUGUAAUAAUUGCUAUGUAUUAAAAGAUAUAUAACUUUUCUUUAUAAAAUUACUAGCUUUUGCCCGCGGCUUCGCUCGCUUUUGAUUCGAAAAUUGU